AUGCUCUUUCAUGAUGUGCCUGCGCUUCCAGCAGAGGUGUGGAUGCCUGCUCUCCCUCUCUUAGAUUAUUUGUCAGGGUUUUCCAAGCACGCGCUAGAUUUGGUCACCAGAUUGCGUUCAUUGGCGAGUGGAGGAUUCUGGACUGCACCACGCUUGGGAGGGCAGAUGGCCAGUCCGCCAAAUGGACAGAUGCAGGCUCAGACCGCCCCAGGCACAACUUGGAGCCAAUAUGAACAAAACCAAACAGUAAGCCAUCAAUGUCACCAAACACAGGCAAGCACUGCACCAUGCUUGGGAGGGCAGAUGGCCAGUCUGCCAAAUGGACAGAUGCAGGCUCAGACCGCCCCAGGCACAACUUGGAGCCAAUAUGAACAAAACUAAACAGUAAGCCAUCAAGGUCACCAAACACAGGCAAGCCAACCAGCUUUGCAAAAGCAAUCGCAGGGGGCACAAUUAAGGCUGCAUGCAACCGUUCACAACACAAACAGAGUUUCACACAUUACCC